AUGAUUCAUCUUAUUUUCCAACAAGCCAUUAAAUUUAAUAUUAGUAGCUCUUUUCUGUAUUAUUUUAAUUUUAGUUCAUUCAUACUUUUGAAUUAUAUUAUUAUGGACAAUAUUUAAUAGAGAGAAACCCUAGGUUUGUUUUUGAGAUUUACAAGUAUCUGCCAAGUUAGAUGCGGAGUAUUGUCUUCCAAAGAUGAUGUUUUGACAAAAGAAAAUCAUUAAUGUCUUGAAAAAUGCACAAACCAUCUAAUCGAUUCCUUCAGGAAGGUGCAAGAUGCUUAUAAAUGAUUGCAUUAAUAUAUACAUAUAUUCAUAUAAGAAUCAUAACUUA